GUCGAGAGAUGAUACGUAAAUUGUUUUUAAUAUUCCCCCUACUGUUUAUACCAGCGUUGGCCACCUUUGGAACGCAGGUGGUCAGCUAUGACAACAAACGGAUGCUCCACCUGAUUGAGGACUUCAAUGGCACCGUUUCCGAGCAGCUUUCCCUGGUGGCAGCCACUUGGGGAAAGCUGAGAGCCGACUACCCAAGGGAUGUGGCCAAAAUCGAGGACUUGGAGGAGACACUGCAGCAUGUGGUCUGUCGCAAGGAGAGGAAUGUCACGGUGCGUCAUCAUCUGCAGGGGUAUCUCAUUCGCGAGCAGAUUCUGGAGCAUCUGGAGAUUCUGAACACCACCGAUCUGUUCCAGCAAGCCUUGGAAUCCGAGGAACAUGAACUGGGAAAGUGGCAGUUGGCCGUAGGCAAAUAUUCCCAGAAACUGCAUUGUCUGUAUAAGCCAGAGCAAAUGAACAGGAUCCUGGAAAGAGUCCUUCGACGAGUUUACACCUUGGAGCGGUCCAGCAAGUUGGCUGCGUUUUUGUACCAACUCUACAUCUUUGGCAAUCGGGCAUCUUACGUAACCAUGGUUCAAGCGGAAUUAAUGCUAUACGAACGCUACAAGAGAGGUGAACAAAAUAACCAGAGAUUCUCCGGAUACAUGGCAAAACUCUGGCAGAGCCUUCAAAAGGAGGACUUCUAUUCAGGACUGGAUCAAAACACAAAACAACGCCUGGUGGAUGCCAUCAUUGAUCUUCUGAAAUUCCUAUAAAUCGAACAUAUUUACCAAGACUUUAGUUUUGUGAACUUUAUUCGGUGUGUUUUGUAUAUUCGAGUGCUUUAAUACCUUGAUUUGAUUUUUUUGUUUGUCUAGCAUCUGUGAUAAUUACAUAGGUGAAGAUUUGUGUUCUUUACAUUAAAAUAUCAUGUUGUACAUAGA